AUCUUCUGCUCCUUCCAACUUCUAUAUAUAAUCUUCCAUAUCUCCUUCCCCCCAUCACUCAGAUCUCCAAUUUUCUGAUUUCGCUUGCAUCCUAAUUCAUUUUCAGUCUCCAAUUCGGGUUCUAUUUCGAUUUCGUAACGAGUUCCAGGGUAAAAUAUAAAUGGAAUUGAAGAACAUGCUAAUUGUUGCUCGUAGCGGACGACAAUUGCAGCGUUACAACAAGGGACGUCGUCAAAUCGUCGGAUGUAUUCCUUAUAGAAUAAAAAGCAACAAGGCAUCAGGGAAGAAUUUAGAAGAUGCAUUAGAAGUUCUUCUGAUUAGUGCACAAAGGAAAGGGAAAGGGAUGUUGUUUCCUAAGGGAGGUUGGGAAUCUGAUGAAUCCAUUAAGGAUGCUGCUCUAAGAGAAUCUGUGGAGGAAGCUGGGGUUCACGGAACGGUUGAGCGCAUAUUGGGUACAUGGCUCUUCAAGAACAAAGGAAACGAUAAAUAUUACGAAGGGUACAUGUUCCCUUUACUUGUGAAAGAGCAAUUCGACUUGUGGCCCGAAAAAGACAUUCGCCAACGAGUUUGGGUGAGCGUACCAAAAGCUAAAGAAGUUUGCCAACAAUCUUGGAUGAAAGAAGCAUUGGAUUUGCUUGUAACCCGUCUCGAAUCAUCUCUAACCAAGAUCGAGGACGACAACAUUAUCGAUCAAAAAAGACCCUUGUGAUCGCAAGCUUACUAAAACAUAGCCUUACAUGUAAAUAGGACACAAUUAUUGAUCAAAAAAGAUUCACAAGAUCAAAACUCUCAGAUUAUGUGGGACCCCCACUAGAUUAUUCUUCAAAAUAGUCCUUGAAAAAAAAGGAUGUUGAGAUACUGCAUCGGAGUAGAAAUGUAAUUUGGAGAUCACUAACUUUUGUUUCUGUUUUACCUUCUUCUUCGUCAUGGUUUCCGCACUCAUGAAUGGAACUUUGCUCUAAUAUUUUUGUGGUGCAACUUGGUUCAACAUCAAUGAAAGUUUCGUUAAUUUCAUUCC